UCCAUUUUUCCAAAUAACCAACCCAGGUUUUAAAAAGUGCACCGGUCACUGUUGUACCACAAUUAAAUAUAAUGCUCAGCAGUGCAGAAAGGUGAAUGGUCUACUAUUCUGUGCAAGUUUAGGUCCACUAUUUCUUCUUUGGUAUCUCACAGUGAGCACUCACUAGCUUUCCUAUUGCAUACAGCUCUCAUUCAACUCCUGGUCUACAACUCUCAGUUUGCAUGCAUCAUACUCCCUCAAGGGGUCACAUCCUCCUCAAGCUACUAACUCUUCUGCUCUCUGCACUUUAGACUGACUCACUGGGGACACCUUACCAUCGCUCCUGCUUAAAACGACUGCCAAUUGUUCUGGCUUCCAUUUCUUGAGAUAGUUGAUCUCUGUCUUGUAGAAUAAGCUUGCUCCAUACCAACAGAUGGCCUCAACAUUUAUUACUUAAUAGUUAAGUAACAACCCUGCUUGUACUUUAGAUUAAAUUUUGAGGAAAAGCCUUAAUCCACUCCCAGACAGGCCUAGCUGGCUCACAGCACUCUUCUUAUGGCGUGUUCAGUAUCCUCCAGCACAAUAAAUACUUCAGAAAACGUUUUUUUCUUCCCCAAUUGUCGUUCAUGUUCCAAUCACUUCUUCUCCAGUAUCCUUUCAUACACUAGAAUGCGGCACUUGAUCCUAAUUUCUUGUUAAAAACUUUUCUAAAAAUAGGACGUGAUUCCACCCCCAGGUAUUCAUCCAGAUUCAUUUUGACUUUCUUCUAUAAAGAAAGCACAACAUUUAUUAAAUACCUACAGCAUUGACAGCUUCCCAAGAAUCACCUCCAACCACAAUUAUCCUGUUACUUUUCCUACAGGAAUGAAGAAUGAAGAAAAACCAUAUAAUAUUCUGAACUCCGAGGAAAAGGCAGUCUCACCCGACAAUGAAGUAUUACCAUCACAGGUCAGACACGGCUUGGCCUAAGAAGUAUUACCAUCAUGCUCCCUCCCAUCGUUUCCCUUCACGUCGACUUCCACAACAUUCAAGUCUAAUUUACCCUCAAGUCUAUCUUUGUUUCUACACGUCUGAUAGACUUAUUGUGCAUUAUUUUCCGUAGAAUGACGCUUUAUAAUCUGAACUGGAACCCAACCUUUAAAAUGACCCUCAAAUGCAAUUCAGAAUGUCUUUGAAACUUGCCGAACCCCAACUCAAGAACGCUCUAUUGAAGUGGAUUGAUCUGGAUUUUAUCCCACAUCCUGAACAUAUGGAGAGUAAUGAGCAGACAUCCACUGAGUUAUAUGACAUACUACCGACCCUUCAAAUGGGCGGGAAGCCUUUUUUUGCCCUUAGCGGAUGACGUUGAGACUAUUAUUGCUAUUUAGUGGAUUACUUAAAGUGAUAAGCUACCGCUGCUAAACCCAAAUGUUUUUAAGUGAUUGAAUACUUUUUUUUCCCACGUCUGACAAUUAAACGCAUUAUGGGCUACCUUUAAUUGUGCGUGAUUGUUAGCACGCAUCUUAACAAACACCGCUGAGUUUAAAACUUUAUGAAUUUUGACUUUGGUUUUUCGACUGAAUUCAACUGGCUGCCAACUCCAAUUUGUACUGAAGUGUUUUCGCGUUCUCGCUGAUUUACAUUCGGUUCUAUACGAAUUGUGCAGCUGAAUUGGAGAGCACUUGUUUGGCGGUCAUUGCUAAUUCUCAGUAUAUCCCAUUUACUUAGCAAGGGGAAUAUUGAACAACCCUUUAGUAUCUGCAAUACAAAGUUGUACAAGAUGCAAAUUGAGAUAAAUAAUUGCCACAAAGGUUAAUGAUUUACGACUGAGAUUAUCAACUAGCGGGUGGUGAUGAAUGAGGAGCAAACACAUCAACCGACCUGGGGUGGGGGAGUGUGUAUUAGUUUACCUGUUUGGUAUGUUCCUGAAUCCCGUGCUCAGUACACAUAAGAAAGGAAAUCUUAAAACUCUAGAACUUUAGCAAAAAUUUAUAACUGGAAAUAGAAGUGCAGCUUGGGAGGAGGUUGUGUUGGUGAUGUGUGUGGAAUAAAUCAUCAACUCAACAUGAGCUGUCUUGGUGAGUGUAUUAUAUUCUCGGCGAUUAUUAUUAACACGUCGUCACAGGAGAUGAAUACUACACCGUUUGAAAACUGGACCACACACUAUAACCUGUCAGGAAAGGCAUCAUCUGCAACAUGGCAAGUCAUAGACCAGGUUGUUAUCUUCAGUGUUCUCACCGUGAUUAUAGCUGGGACUAUCUUCGGAAAUCUCUUAGUAAUUGCUUCCAUCGCUUACUACCAACUGCGGACUCCAACUAACGCUUUUAUAGUCUCCCUGGCUGUCGCAGAUUUCCUCGUUGGCAUUAUUGUAAUGCCUUUCAGCAUGGCCAAGCUAGUCUUUGGAUGGUACUUUGGGAAGGAGUUUUGCAAAAUCCACACUAUCAUGGAUGUGAUGCUGUGCACCUCUUCCAUUAUGAACCUCAGUUGCAUUGCCUUAGAUCGGUUCUAUGCUGUGUGUUACCCCUUGAAAUAUCGAUUCAGGAUGUCUAAAAAGAGAGUGACCGUCCUCCUCUUGAUUAGUUGGUUUGUGCCUGCUUUGGUGUCGUUUGUGCCCUUGUUGUUCGAUGUCCAUUUGAGGGGAUUGGAAGCCACUCUACCCUUUGAUCCACAUAGUUGUGUGUUUACGGUUAAUAUUCCUUAUGCUGUUUCUGCUUCAGUAAUCGCCUUCUACUUUCCCAUGUUGGUGAUGCUAGUGGCAUAUGGAAAAAUAUUCCUAGUAGCAAGGAUCCAAGCCAGACAGAUAUAUACCAUUGACAACGGGUUAGAGGGAAGAAACAUUUGGACGAGGUGCCAAAAUUCUUCCAUGAAGAAAGAAAGGAAAGCAGCUAAAACUCUUGGUAUCAUCAUGGGAUGUUUCCUCAUCUGUUGGUUGCCAUUCUUUACUACAAAUUAUAAUUAACCCUUUGCUAGGAUAUCCAGCACACCAUAUUCUUCUUGAAGUUUUUUUUAUGGUUGGGUUAUAUUAAUUCAACUCUCAAUCCUUUGUUAUAUGCUUCCUUCAAUCAGUCUUUCCGACGAGCUUUCUGUAUGGUAAUUG